CCCGAGACAACGAAAUGUCAGCAAAGAAGACGCCAGUACCGUUGCCGGGCUCGAAGCCCAAGAAGUCCAAAGUCCCGCUACCAAAAACCUCGCUAAGUCGGGAGUUGGUUGGCAGCGACGACGACUCGUCCACAGAAAGCGCACCGAAAACGAAGAAGGCAGAGAAGCCAAAGGCGACGAUUGGCGUACACAGGCCAAACGGCGCCGCGAAAUCGAGUACAAAAAAGAACUCUUCCUCGAAGUCGGCCCCGCAGGCCAAGUCUGCGCCCAAGAAGCCUGCGCCGAAGACGAUCUCAAACCCCGAGCAGGUCGUAGAGCUUUCGAGCUCCGAGGUCUCCGAUGAUAGCGAUGCGCCGGCAAGAGAUAUCCAAUCAAAAUUGCCUGGAGAGGUGGAGAUGAAGGAUGCAUCCAGCGACAGCGAUAGCGACAGCAAGUCGGACAGCUCGAGUGAGGAGGAAGAGGCUGCGAAGCCGGCGCUGAAGCCUACACAGGCCGCACAUUCGAAAUCAGUAGAGGUCGAGCUCCGCGCUGCGAAACCAUACCAGCCACCGAAGGGCUUCAACCUCGUAUCCGAGAAGGAUCGAACUGGAUCGAAAGCCGCAAAAAUUUUCGAAAAUCUGCAAGGAAAGCAGAUCUGGCAUAUCACCGCGCCUGCAGGAGUGUCAUUGAAGGAGCUGCAAACCAUUGCGAUGGACAAGGCUAUGAAGGGAGACGCUAUCUUGAGCCACCAGGGCACCAACUAUGGUUUCUCAACAACUGAGAAGAGCGAGGAUGGCCCUCGAGAAGUCCUGGUGCCUGGGAAGCAUGGCUAUCGUACAGCACUCGCCAAGAUACAGCAGACGCUCCACCUCCAGGAACUUGUACGACUGCCGAAAUUGACCUCGAAACAAGCGGAUCCUAGGACAGGGUCGGAAGCCGCUGCAUCCAUCACACGAUCGACCAUCCGCGCGCCACGACCGCAAGUCAAGGGCUUGAAGAUGCGCUACACACCGCUCGGUUUUACUGGUGCUGUAUCCGGAGGAGUUCUGGGAGAUACCGACAGCGAGGAAGAUGAAGUUCCACAGGAGCGUGCAGGGCUAGCUGCACCAAACGGUCUGAACUUACCCACAAAGGCUGCGAAGAGGAGGCACAGCGAGGCCAACGGGGAUGAGGUGCCUACAAAGAAGGCCAAGAAGCACAGGACCCCAGAAGAACUCAAGAAGAGGGAGGAGAAAAAAGCAAAGAAAGAGAAGAAAGCAAAGGCAUGAACCUCGCGUUGAUCGUUUGAGAAGAACGGGGCGUCACUUGGUAUUUUUCUGCAUCGAGCGUUGCAUUGGCUUUACGAACUUUCAAUAUCUACGUGCAUGGGUCCGAGGAGGCAUUCGGAGCUUGAAAGUCAUGGCAUGUGCAAAUCAGCGAUACCAGCAAUGGUAGUCUAUGCAAUGCCAGAAUGCCGUUUGGAAAGAAGUAGCACCAAGUCGAUCUGUCUGUAUUGAGUGGACGUUGGCUUGUCGGUGGUUUCAAUACGAAACAGAGUUCGGUGGACCGAGACGGCGCAUCUUGACGGGACGGGGUUGAGAAUCAUCAUGAUCGCCUUUUGGUGGUUCGUUUGGACGCAGGGCAGUGGAGAAGCAGCUUGACAUGGGCCCGCCAAGUGCACCCUGACAGCAUUGUCCCUUCGCGGGUAGAUCCAAUAAAUGAAAGAGAAAACAACACAUCAAUGCAGUGCCGUAUAAACA